AUGCCACCACGGAGUGCUUGUUCGAGGCUAGGAGCUGCUGUGAGGUAUCUAUCCGGGAAACGCAGCUCACCCACAGUAAAAGAAAUUGGCAUCUAUGAGACGCUUCCUUCGAACUCGCGGGUCUUUUCCAUGAUCCAGCCCACGGGACGAAUUCAUCUUGGCAACUAUCUCGGUGCAGUCAAGAGCUGGCGCACGCUAUCCAGCACCAACCCUGAAAGCGAGUUCAUCUUCGGCAUAGCUGAUCUCCAUGCGUUGACCGUGCAAAGGCCGGCGCAGCAACUACGAGAUUUCCGGUAUCAGGCAAUUGCAAGUUUACUAUCGAGCGGAUUAGACGCUGACAAAUGCAUCCUCUAUUUCCAGUCAGCCGUGCCCGAACAUCUGGAGCUCAACUGGUAUUUGACGUGUAUCACGAGCAUGGGCCAGUUGAACCGGAUGGCGCAGUGGAAGCUGAAGGCGCAGCAGGCGCAGAACCUGACCAUCUUGGACGAUGCCGUUGUUGAGGCCACCAAAGCGGGCUUGUUCUGCUAUCCGGCAUUGCAAGUUGCUGACAUUUUGAUCUACAAGUCGACACACGUGCCGGUGGGCGAUGACCAGGCCCAGCAUUUGGAGCUUUGUAGAACCAUUGCCCGACUUUUCAACAGCACCUACGCGGUUGAUUUUUUCCCCAUCCCUGAGACUUUGCUCACGCCGGCAAAAAAGAUUCUCAGUUUAAAGAACCCCGAGAAGAAGAUGUCCAAAUCGGACCCCGUGCAGGCUGGAUGCGUCUACGUCACCGAUACGCCAGACGAGAUCCGGCGCAAGAUUAGAAAAGCCACCACCGAUUCGGUCCAAGGCCAAUGGAAGUUCGAUCCCGUGCAAAGACCUGGUGUGUCGAACUUGAUCAAUAUCAUUUCCGGCUUGACUGACCGAGCAAUCGGCGACGUGGUGGCUGAUUUGGACGGUUUGAAGGACCACAAGGCGUUGAAGGAUCACGUUGCGGAAUUGAUCAUUGAUGAAUUCGAUGAAAAGAGACAGUUGUAUGACGACUUGUUGCAGAAUAAGGACUAUCUAGACUCGGUUUGCCGCAAAGGCAGCGACCACGCGCGAGAAAUCGCGCUGGCCAAUAUCCAGCAAGUCAAACAUAUAAUUGGCUUGGACUAA